GUCCCUGAGCAAUCAAUAUGGCCUCCAGUUCUACGCGGGGCCCAACAGAGCAGAGCAGGUUUUUCUCGAAAUACCAUCGAUAGGAACGUGUUACCUUGAAAAUAAAUUAGUCAAGACGCUAACCGAUUUGGUAAAGUUCAUUUUCGUAGUGAUAAGAAGUAAUUGAGUAACAGUGUUCAGUCAAAAAGAAAUAUUAAAUGAUUAUAGUUUGUGAACAUAGCGCGUAAGAUAUUACAUGCAUGUACAUACACACGUAAUACACAAUGCACAUAUGCAUACAUACAUAUAUUUGUGUGUGUAUGUGUAUAUAGGUAUAUGCAUUUAAAUCGGUGUGUAAUCCAUCGUUGGACCGAAUUCAUUUCCGUUUUACGUUUACCCGGUGCCAUGAUAAUAGUUCAUAGAUAUUCUAAUUAAUAAUUAUUAUUUCUUGACUUUUUAACAUUUAUUCGCUACGAUUUUUCUGAACCUCGUGACGUGUUUCUUCGAGUGUUUUUUUUAUACGGUGCCAUGUCCGAGUGUAAAAGUCAGGAUGCCGCUAAUACGAAAGAGGGUAGUCAAGAAGAGGGCGAAGAUUCGGACAUGGCCGGUGGUGUUGAGGAUAAAGUUAGUAUCCAGCAGAUCCUCGAAGGCAUGACCAAUGAAUUUAAUAAAAGUAUAAGUCCAAUUAAAAGCUUGGAUGUUAAUCGACCCUCUGAAAAUUUGGAUCAUGAGGAUUCCCAAAAAUCAUCGACGACGACAAUUGUUGAUGAAAUAUCAAAUGGCAUUGAUGGGAAUUCUAACCUGGACAAAUCUGAGGAUGUUACAACUACAACGAGUACGGAGAUAACAACAACGACGCCAAUGAUUACUACGACGAUGAUGACUACGACGACGACAACGGCUGCGGCGGCACCGGCAGCGUUGACGAUGACGUCGAUGACAACAACGACAACGACGACUACGACGACGACUACGACGACGACGACGACGACGAUGUUAGCGACUACGACGACAUUGACAACGCCAGUAACAACGAUGGCGGUGGCAUCAAUAAUAACGACUGCAACAACAACAACAACAUCACAAGAGGAAAGUAACAUUGAACCGGUAGUAGAAGAAAAUCAUCAAUGUGACGAUGAAGGUACUCUUAAACAAGAAAUAAUAAAGAAAGAUAACAAUAUUCCACGUAUAGUUUUAACAUUUAGAACUAUUGACGAGAAUACGGAUCAUGGAAAGAAAACUAAAAUAUCCAGCUGUUCUUCCAACCUCACUUUAGUACCGGAUGAAUUGGUCAAUUGUGAUCAAAUUGGUGGUGUUUCCGUUAAGAUAGAAAGUCCAGAUGAAAAUUCUGAUAUCUUAGAGAAGUCUGAUUCUGAGGAAUGUAAAAUCGAAGAGAAGCCAAUGGAAGAAGAUAAUCAGGAUAAAGAUAAAGUAAAAGGAGAAAAAGUAGAAGAAGAAAAAGAGAAGCAAGUUAAGGAAGUGGAAAAGAGUAAGAAUACAGAACAACCUGUAAUUGAUGAAAAGAACAACGAAAAGACAGCUGUUACUGAUGAAACUCUUGUUCCUUCGGACAACGUUCCUGAACCACCACUAUCUACUACGCCAAUAACCAGAAAGAGAAGAGUUGGACGACCUAGAUUAAGAACACUUAGUGAUUCAACAGAAGAAAAUCCUGGUCCAAAACGUUCUGCAAGAAGAUUGUGCAAAAAAUCCUUUAAAAGUACAGUUUUAGAAAGUGCUAUGGCAAUAAAAGAAAAGUCUAAUUAUACUGAGGAACAUUUGAACCUUAAAAAGCAAAGAAAGUACAAUAAGCCUGGACGACCAAAAAAACUAUCUCAAGGGAAAGCUCGUCAAGAAUCAGAACCACCUAUUCCAGAAAUAGAUAAUGCUUUUGAGGUAAUUAUGAAUUCAGAGACCUUUAGAAAUACUACAUUAGGAGAUGGAAAUAUGAAUGAUACGAGUUUGGAUGAAUCUCAAAGCUAUUCUUCUGAAUUUGAUGGUAUGCCUAAAUUAUCUCCUAUGACGAGAAGUUCAGAUGUACAAACAAAAUUAGGUAGUUCUAUUGGUAGUCCUUUGAGCGAUGAAACACCUUUAGCAGAUAUAGAAAAACCUUUUUUAAAACCUGUUACUGGUGGUAAACGAAGAAAAGAGAGAGGUCGUCCUCGUGGAAGUCAAGCUGCACGAAAAAUAGCUAAAGCAGAUUCGUUUGAAGAUGGUACACCAAGUGUUGCAGAAGCAGGAAAGCACAAUGAUUAUCCUGAAGAAGGUGCUGUACCUGCAAAAAGAACCCGUCGAAGUAUGGCUCCUAGUCCAAGUCCUGCAGAAGGACAAGCUUCAAAACCAGAAUCUACAGCUGUUGUUAGUGAAACAUAUGGACAAUCUAUGCUGUGUUUAUGUCAAGUACGAUCUCAACUUUAUGUGACAAUAACAGGCUCUGGUGCACCUCUUUAUUGUACAGCUAUAGAUUCUAUUGAUGGUAGAAUGGUUGGAUGUUGUAAUGAAGUUGAUAGUAAUGACGUUGCAAUGAGAAGACCUAGUACUCGAGUUCCUUUUAUAAUAUUAUGUCGGAUGCAUAAAGAAAGACUUUUAAGACAUAAUUGUUGUCCUUCUUGUGGAUUAUUUUGUACACAAGGUAGAUUUGCUCGAUGUACUAAUGGCCAUCAAUAUCAUAAAGAAUGUGAAGUAUAUCCACUUAAAAAAGCAGCUUGUCCACAUUGUGGAAGUGAAAGUACAAAUUAUGAUGUAAUCGUGACAGUGAGUGGAAUGCGAAGACCUGUAUUUAUACCAACUCGAAAAAAAUUUUCUAAAUUGCCAUCCGCAAAAAUGAGCUUACCUGGUAAAGGUGAUAAUACAAAAUUAGCGGAACGUCCACCUAGUCCUUUAAUAAAGCCUGAGAUUAUUAAAAUACCAGAACCAUCAGUUAGCACAGAAAGACCUGAACGUUAUACUAUUAUGAGUCUUUAUACAUCUGUGAAAAAUGGCGAUUUAGAAAAGUUGGUUAAUGUUUUAGCAUGCGGUUACAAUGCAAAUCAUAUAUUCAGAGAAUAUGCUCAUCGUAGUGGUUUACACAUUGCUGCAGACAAGGGUCAUUUGUCUUGUGUGCAUGUUUUAGUACAAGCUGGUGCUCAAUUGGACGUGAUGGAUAGAAAUCAAUUGACACCUUUGAUGUUAGCAGCUAGUAAAGGAAAAUCUGACGUGGUAAAAUAUUUAGUUAGGAUAGGUGCAGAUGUAACUAUGAAAGGUGAAGAUGGCAUGACUGCUUUACAUAUGGCUGCAAAAUCUGGUCACUUAGAAGUAUGUCAAAUUAUUUUAACUGAAUGUAAAGUUCCAAGAACUUUAGUAGAUUCUGUCGAUGAUGGAGGAUGGACAAGUUUAAUUUGGGCAUGUGAAUUUUGUCAUACUGAUGUAGCAAGGUUUCUAUUAGAUAAGAAAUGUGAUCCAUUAAUCAGGGAUGCUGAACAGAAUAUAGCACUUCACUGGAGCGCUUAUAGUGGAAGUGCAGAGAUUACUGAAAUGCUUUUAAAUGAAGGAUGUGAUGUAAAUGCAGUCAAUGUUCAUGGAGAUACUCCUUUGCACAUUGCUGCAAGACAAGAUCAGUAUGCAGUUAGUGUUUUAUUAUUAGCUAGAGGAGCAAAAAUAGGAGAAAUAAAUGCUGCUGGAGAGACAGCUGUUAAUUGUUGCUUAAAUGACGGUGAUACUGUAUCGGCAUUAAGAUUAAAUGCUAAAGUUAAUGAAUUGUCUGAACAUAUGUGGGAAAAAACUGUUAAAAUAUUGACGAAUGACAUUUCACGCGGUAAAGAAACAAAUCCAAUACAAUGCGUUAAUGGUCAUGAUUCUGAAGAUAAGCCAACAGAUUUUCUUUAUGUAACUGAAAAUUGUUUUACCAGUAAUAUACAAGUUGAUCGUACAAUAACAUCUUUGCAAUCAUGUCGAUGCGAAGAUAAUUGUAGUUCUGAAAAAUGUCUCUGUGGAAAUAUAAGUUUAAGAUGUUGGUAUGAUGAAGAAGGUAAACUUAUUCCAGAAUUUAAUUAUACUGAUCCUCCCAUGUUAUUUGAAUGCAAUCCAGCUUGUGAUUGUAAUAGGAUAACUUGUAACAAUCGAGUUGUUCAGCAUGGUUUGACACAGAGAUUUCAGUUAUUUAGGACACAGGGUAAAGGUUGGGGCCUUAGAACCCUACGCCAUAUUCCAAAGGGUACAUAUGUCUGUGAAUAUGUGGGAGAAAUUAUAUCGGAUUCUGAAGCCGAUCAUCGAGAGGAUGAUUCAUAUUUAUUUGAUUUAGAUAAUCGAGAUGGAGAAACAUAUUGCAUUGAUGCAAGACGUUAUGGAAAUAUUGCACGAUUUAUUAAUCAUUCUUGCGCACCUAAUUUAUUACCAGUACGAGUGUUUGUUGAACAUCAAGAUUUGCAUUUUCCUAGGAUAGCAUUCUUUGCUAAUCGAGAUAUCGAAGCCGACGAGGAACUUGGCUUCGAUUAUGGGGAAAAAUUCUGGAUAAUAAAAUGCAAGUCUUUCACAUGUACCUGUGGAGCUGAAAACUGCCGAUAUUCGGAGAAGACUAUACAAGUAACGUUGGAUAACUAUCGAAGAAAAAUACAACAAGAAGAAAUGCUUUCCGGUCAAACGCCGUAAUUUUUAUGGCAAUAAACUCUAGUUGAUUUUAUUAUGUUUUUAUAUUAUGAGAUAAUCUUACGCUUUUGAAUAUAUAUAUAUAUAUAUAUU